GGUUGCAGCCGGUUCAGACCGUGUAUUUUUGCUUCCUCCAGCUACUAAAGCAAGCAGUCGAGUUUCAUCGCAUGUGUUUACACCAUAGACUGUAAAGGUUUACACGCGUUGUUCAACUCUCUUAAGACCUUUUUUUACAUUCAAGAAUCUGACAAUUUUCUAAUAUUGUGAUUAGGGGCAGGUAUCUAUAUUUCCGUUGAUGUUUAAGUCGUGAUUUAAUCUUCAAUAUGAUUAAAAUACAUGUAUAAUGUAAUGGGAUCUUAACGAUCCAGGAGCAGAUUGUGCACUGCAGGUCUCUUCAUUCUCAUCUCCGUUUGCCUGUGUGUGAGUCAUGGAUAGCACUAGUGUGACUCUGACUGUGAGAGGGACCACAACACGACUAGGUGAGGUGAUAGCAGUGGUUGGCAGUUGUGAAACACUGGGCAGCUGGUUUCAUCAAAAAGCCGUGGCUCUACAGCCAGCAGAGGAGGAUGGCACCCUGUGGAGAGCUACCAUUCAGGUUCCUAGAGGGCGUGAAACCAAAUAUCGCUAUUUCAAGGGAUUCUUUUUUGAAUCUAAGAACGAUGGUGAUCCAUGUCAAGUCAUAGUCAAUAGAUGGGAGACUCAUCAGAUGCCACGCUCAUUGAGUCCCUCAGAACCAGAGCUCGUGAUUGACGAUGGACACUUUGGAGUUCAUAAUGGUGUUGAGUGUGUGGACUCUGGCUGGUUGACAUGCCAAACAGAAAUUCGUCUCAGGCUUCAUUACUCCGUGAAACCUCCAGUUUCUAUUACUAAGAAUAAAUUUAAGAACUCACGCUUCAGAUUGAAGCUGAUGGUGGAAGGUAUUGAGGAAGAAGAUGAAAGUCCUUCAACAUGGCAUGAGAUGAUCACCACACUGGAGACCAUUAUGAUCAGUGACGUCGAAUGCAAGUCACGUCAUUCCCAGCCAGAAUGUGGAUACUCCCUGGUACCCUCCAAGUGGACAGAAUACAGUAUUCACACCAUGGACCCCGACAACCUAGAGCUCACCUUUGAGUUUUUUGAGGAGGACAUGAGUGAGGCUGUGGUUCAGGGCGAUUCCCAUCCAGGCUACGUUGGCACCGCAUGCCUCUUGUCGUCCUCUUUUGUGGAGAGCGGCAAAGAUUUGGGUGUGGUUACCCUGCCCAUCAUGAGCCGAAACGGCAGACAGACUAUUGGAAAAGUCAGAGUGGAUUACCUGGUGACGCGUCCCAUCCAAGGCUUUCAUUGUGACAUGAGUCAGUCUUUUGCAAAAUACUGGAAGAAAAGGAGCGCUUUGCAUGUUGGACACAGAGGAGCGGGGAGCACACAUGCUGCCAAGCAUCACAAGAUCAGAGAAAACACAAUUGUCUCAUUUCUAAGUGCAGCCAACCAUGGAGCAGCUUAUGUAGAGUUUGAUGUUCAUCUGUCUAAAGAUUUAGUUCCUAUCGUGUACCACGACCUCACCUGCUGUAUUUCUACUAAAAAGAAAAAUGACAAGAAUUCAUUGUUGUUGUUCGAAGUUCCCGUCAAGGAUCUUACGUUUGAUCAACUUCAGCUUUUAAAAGUGGCCCAUACAACUGACAUGGAUGUUAAUGACGACAAAGACUUACAAGAUGAAGAGGAGUAUAUAUAUGAGCACCAGCCUUUCCCUUCCCUUUCACAGAUAUUCCAUUCUGUUCCAGAGCAUGUGGGAUUCAACAUUGAGCUGAAGUGGAUCUCUCAGUUUAAGGAUGGCUCCUGGGAUGCAAAACUCUCCUCCUACUUCAACAUGAAUCAGUUCUUGGACAUCAUUCUCACAUGCGUGCUGGAGAACGCCGGCAAAAGGAAGAUAGUCUUCUCAUGUUUUGAUCCUGAUGUUUGCACAAUGGUGAGGAAAAAGCAGAACAAAUAUCCCAUCCUGUUUCUGACCCAAGGAGUGACGGACCUCUACCCUGAACUCAUGGACAUCCGCUGUCAGAGCACUAAGAUCGCCAUGAGCUUUGCCCAGAGCGAGAACAUACUGGGAAUCAGCGCCCAUGCUGACGAGCUCUUGAGGAACACGGAGUUCAUCAGAGAGGCUCAUUCCAAAGGACUCGUGGUCUUCUGCUGGGGCGACUAUAACAACGACCAUGAUAACAGGAUGAAGUUGAGGGACCAGGGAAUUGAUGGCCUCAUAUAUGACAGAAUACAUGAAUGCUUGGUGCCAAAUCCCAAUGCUUCAACUUCCUCUGAUACCAAAUCUGUGAAGACAAGCUCGAGCAGUCAAACAUAUUCAACGUAGAGGAACAGGUUGCUCUCAAGGACGUCAUCCAAACGUGUGCCUGCUCCUCCUACAGUAUUCCCUGCAGCUCCAUUCCCUGCCCAGGGAAAUCCCCGGAGAACAACGGGGAGUCGGACUCCGGACUCAGUUCCUCUUGAGAGCCGCACAUCCAGUCUGCCUUCACUCAAUGUCUGUAAUCUUCCCACAAUGCACCAGAAAUAACACUCAAAUACACUCCGUCAUUAAGCCAAAAUUCACUUAAGUCUGAGAUGUUUUGGAGUAUAACUAUGUCAAAAGAAUGCUAUUAAGGGCAACGCUAGCUUCCACUAAGGCUGUGUGUUUGCUGUAUAUUUGGGUGCAAAAGAUGGUGUAUAGAAUGUAUAUUUUGCCUUAAUGCAAAUAUUUGUUUUAUCAUUCUUAAUAUUCUGUUAUAUAAGAGGACAUUGAUGAUGCCUUCUGAUUUAUUUUCUCUUCAACUAUUUAUUGAUUUCUCUAUCUGCAGAAUGAGUAUUAAACAUAUAUGCAAUUUAGAAUUUCAUGAACCACACACAAGCAGAAUUCAAAUUCAUGAAAAGCUCUAGUAUUAGAAUUUUAUGAACCAAAAAAAGCUUUUUAUAGCUUUCAUGAAAAGCUAUUUUAUGUAAUAGCUGUUAUUCAACAAUAUUUACUAGCUAAAAGUGAGGCCUGUCUCUCUUAAAACAACUUAUUCUGAGGGCCAAUAUCUUUAAAAUAACACUCAUGAACAUGUAUAUUUUUAUUUUUAUCACUUCUAUAUCCAUCCACAGAUUCAUUCAUAAAUGAAACGCUGAUGGUUUCAGAAGAACAAAAUGGCAUCUUUUUAUUCAGCUGUGCGAUUCACACUAUAUUGUAACUGUGUAUAUAUGGGAAAGAAUGUGCAUCUGUAAAGCUGUCUGAUGUAUGCGCUGCUGAGUGUCAGUGUGUUCUUGUCUCAGCAUGCAUUCAUUCUGCUUCCUCUCUACAGCACGGCAGGGAAAUCAUGCAUGUUUGCUGUUCAAUUUCACACUGGACUCCGGCAACUAGCUGUAUGAAUCCACACUCGUUGUAGUGGAUAUCAUCAUGCCAAUGUAGACCAGAACAAUGCUCUGAGAGCCUGAAUAAAUAUAUUUAAUAUGAA